AGGAGGUGGAGUAGGUGGCUGCCGCGGCCGCCGAGGAGUCCCUUGCUGAAGGCGGACCGCGGGGCGGCGGGCGGCGCGCGCGCGCCCGAGAGGCGGCUGUUGGAGAAGUGGAGCGGCGGUCGCGGGGGGAGGAGGAGGAGGAGGGACUGAGCGGCGGCGGCCCCCGCGUCCCGGUGCCUCUAUGGGGAAAGCAGACAAUGGAUUAUGAUUUCAAGGCGAAGCUGGCGGCGGAGCGGGAGCGGGUGGAGGAUUUGUUUGAGUACGAAGGGUGCAAAGUGGGACGCGGCACCUACGGGCACGUCUACAAGGCGAGGCGGAAAGAUGGAAAAGAUGAAAAGGAAUAUGCAUUGAAGCAAAUUGAAGGCACAGGAAUAUCCAUGUCGGCUUGUAGAGAGAUUGCACUUUUGCGAGAAUUGAAGCACCCUAAUGUGAUCGCAUUGCAGAAGGUGUUCCUUUCUCACAGUGACAGGAAGGUGUGGCUGCUCUUUGAUUAUGCAGAACAUGAUUUGUGGCACAUUAUUAAGUUUCACCGUGCAUCAAAAGCAAAUAAAAAGCCCAUGCAGUUGCCAAGAUCUAUGGUCAAAUCAUUACUUUACCAGAUUCUUGAUGGUAUCCAUUACCUCCAUGCAAAUUGGGUGCUUCACAGAGAUCUGAAACCAGCAAAUAUCCUAGUAAUGGGAGAAGGUCCUGAAAGGGGGAGAGUCAAAAUAGCGGACAUGGGUUUUGCCAGAUUAUUCAAUUCUCCUCUAAAGCCACUAGCAGAUUUGGAUCCAGUAGUUGUGACGUUUUGGUAUCGGGCUCCAGAACUUCUGCUUGGUGCAAGACAUUAUACAAAGGCCAUUGAUAUAUGGGCAAUAGGUUGCAUAUUUGCUGAAUUGUUGACUUCAGAACCUAUUUUUCACUGUCGUCAGGAAGAUAUAAAAACAAGCAAUCCCUUUCAUCAUGAUCAACUAGAUCGGAUAUUUAGUGUCAUGGGGUUUCCUGCAGAUAAAGAUUGGGAAGAUAUUAGAAAGAUGCCAGAAUACCCUACACUUCAGAAAGACUUUAGAAGAACAACGUAUGCCAACAGUAGCCUCAUAAAGUACAUGGAGAAACACAAGGUCAAGCCUGACAGCAAAGUGUUCCUCUUGCUUCAGAAACUCCUUACUAUGGAUCCAACCAAGAGAAUUACCUCGGAGCAAGCUCUACAGGAUCCCUAUUUUCAGGAGGACCCCUUGCCAACGUUAGAUGUGUUUGCUGGCUGCCAGAUUCCAUACCCCAAACGAGAAUUCCUUAAUGAAGAUGAACCUGAAGAGAAAGGUGACAAGAACCAGCAACAGCAGCAGAACCAACAUCAGCAGCCCGCAGCUCCCCCGCAGCAGGCAGCAGCGCCCCCGCAGGCGCCCCCGCCGCAGCAGAACAGCACCCAGACCAACGGGACCGCGGGCGGGGCCGGGGCGGGCGCCGGGGGUGCGGGAGCCGGGCUGCAGCACAGUCAGGACUCGGGCCUCAAUCAGGUGCCUCCGAACAAGAAGCCCCGCCUCGCGCCCUCGGGCGCCAACUCCGGCGGGCCCGUUAUGCCGGCAGAUUAUCAGCACUCCAGUUCUCGCCUGAAUUACCAAAGCAGCGUUCAGGGAUCCUCCCAGUCCCAGAGCACACUCGGCUACUCCUCCUCAUCCCAGCAAAGCGCGCAGUACCACCCGACUCACCAGGGCCACCGCUACUGACCGCCGCGGCCCAGGGCACAGACCCCAGCAAUAUGAUGUCCGCAUGGAAAGCAACCAAAAAUGCAGACGAUGCUGCCGUUUAAAACUCACCCACUUGGGCGGAAGACUACAUACUGAGCAUUUUGCAGGACGGACGGACGUCUCUUCUUUACUGACUUAAAGAAGAUUUUUGUGAAGUUUCCCCGACACCCUUUCCCUGCAUGUGUUCCAUUGUGACUUUGAUACAGCGUCUGAUCUAAUCCCAGCACUUAACUUCUGUAACCUUCAGCAUUUUUUGGAAGGAUUUCCUGGUGCACCUUUCUCAUGCUGUAGCAAUCACUAUGAUUUAUCUUUUCAAAGCUCUUUUAAUAGGAUUUUAAUGUUUUAGAAACAAGACUCCAGUGGUGUAUAGUUUUCUACUUCAUGAACUGAUCUAGCAACACAGGUAAAAAUGCACCUUUUAAAGCACUACGUUGUUUUCACAGAAUAUGACUGUUUUGCUCAUGGAAGUCUUAAACAGAAACUGUUACUGUCCCAAAGUACUUUGCUGUUAUGUCUUUAUUUAUCUAGUUUCAGGGAAGGUCUAAGAAAAGACACACAGUGGGACAGAGGGAACCUACAACCAAAAACAGCCUAGAUCUUCGCAGUUACUAUGCUUUAUGCUCUGAAGAACUGAAUUGUGUGGUAAUUUUGACAUAAUCAAUCAUCCACAUGGAACGUAGUUCCCAGAAUCACCUUAUUCUGAAGAGUAUUCAGUAAGAAUUCUAAUUUAACCUUCAUGUAGCUAAGUCUGCCUUGAAAAAGGGUUUCAAGAGCUUCGAUGAAAUACAGCCCUCUGGUGCCCCACACCAGAAAGUGGAAGAGAGUAUUAACUGCACUAGGGUUUCUUUAAGGAGUAAUGUUGAUCAAAGGAUGAUGUAUCGUUUACCUUUGAAGGAAAAGCUUUGAGUGUGUAUUGUACAUAAAGUUGGCUUCUCUAAAGAACUGUUGGUUUCUUCGCAUCUGGGCCAGCUUGAGUCACUUCCUUACAUAAUCAAGAGUACUCAAAUAGAAGCCUGCAAAAUUAAUUUGCAAAUUAAUCUGCUUUUAAAAUUAAGAGCAGUGUUCUCCAUUCAUAUUUGCAUUAGACAUAGAGUGACUAUUUUUAAAGCAUGUUAAGAAUUUAGGUUUUAUUCAUGUUUGAAGUAUGUAUUAUGUAUGCAUAAUUUUGCUGUUGUUACUGAGACUUAAUUCUAUCAAGAAUCUUUUCAUUGCACUGAAUGCUUUCUUUGCCCCUAGGAGAAAACUUAAUAAUUGUGCCUAAAAAACUAUGGGCAGAUAGUAUACAUGACUAUAUGAGAUAAAGUGCAUAUUUGCAUUUCCAUGAUCUAUGAAUUAGAGGCUGAGUUCUUUAGCCAGUGAAAGGACCGCCUCACCCCCCAGAGUCACAGGAAAUAUAGAGUCUUAGAGCUCCCAUUGUAAUGUAAGGGGCAAGAAAUUUGUGUUCUUCUGAAUGCUACUAGCAGCACUAGCCCUGUUUUAAACGUUUUCUUGAGCUAGAAGAAAUAGCUGAUUGUUGUAUAUGCAAGUUAUAUGCAUUUUUUAAACGAUUCUUUGUGAACUUAUCUACCUGGUAAUGAUACUCUGGGUCCAUAUACAAGUAAAGUAAGAUUUUAGACAGAAGCCAGUAUACAUUUUGCACUAUUGAUGUGAUACUGUAGCCAGCAAGGACCUUACUGAUCUCAGCAUAAUAAUGCUUAUUAAUAAUAAAAGCUGUAUAGUGACACUCAUCAAACAUUGAAGAUGAAACAGUUGACAUACUCCAUUGGAAGGAAUUUCUAGUUGUCUCUCUGAUAAUUCACCCCUUCCAUUUUUUUUUUGUUUGUUUAUUUGUUUUAAGGAGAAGUUAAUAGCCCUCCGCAUAAUGUAGCUACCUGUAUAUAGUUCUGUCCUGUGCCCUGAAGCUUCACUGUCCAGAGUUAUUGGUCAUCAGAUGCUCACUGCACCCUCACCAUGUGCCCAAUGCCAUGCUGGGUGGAAGCCACAAAGGGCAAGACAUACUUCCUGUCCUUAAGGAACUUAUGAUCCAUUCCAUGACAGAAAGUUCUCCGGGGAUGAUUGGAAUGGCUUAUGAGUGUGAAGGUCCUUUUGUUUACUUCUAAACUCACUUGGAUAGAGUUAUUAUUCCAAAUUCUGCUGUGUAAUAAACUGUUACCAAGAGGUGUUCGUCCACCUCUGAGAAAGCCAGCGAUGAAAUAGCACAACAGGCAUUACUUUAGGUUUGAAAUGUUCACAGCAGCCUUUCAACAACAAUGGGGUGGACCUUACAGGCAGAACGCACUCCUUAA